GUGUAUAAAAUGGGUGUACAAAUGCCAGUCGGGGUUCAGUUCUGGAGAGCUGAUCCGGCUUUAUGCACGUGUGCUAAUAAAGUCUGAUUUUCCUGAAGAUCUUGCUGCCUGGUGUCGUCUUUUCCCUCGCGAAGAUGUUUUUCGACAAAUUGAAGAUUUGGACUCUGUCGUUUCCUAGACACGACAGUGGGACAGAGCCACUGCCUAAAACCCUGUGAGCCAAGAAAGCUUAAUCUGACUGUUGCACUCAACAGUGAUGUCCUUCUGCCAUGCGUUUUCAAUGUCAGCCUGCUCCAAAAGGCCCAGAGUAUGUUGGCUGCUGUGUGGACUCAUGGCCAAACAAAUUUGGUGGAGCUCAACACGUCGGGACAAGUCCAAUUUUGGAAUCAUAAGGAACACAGAGUGAACAUUAUCAAAUCUCCACAGAAAGGCAACUUCUCCAUCUUUAUCAAACUGGUCCAGGAAUCUGACCAGGGCUUGUACUGCUGUGAGCUGUUUGACGGGCAGAACGGUAGCAUGGGCUGUGAAGAGGUACAGCUCAGUCUGCAAAAAGCCCCCCCAGGCGAUACGUGGAUGGGUCUGGUGGUGAACUACUGGUACUACACAGCUGCCGGUGGGGCUGUCUUCAUAUUAUUGAUCCUUGGUUGCGCUUGCUGUGUAUGGCACAGAUGUGUUAAGGUGCAGCGAACAAGAUCUGGAAAUUCCACUAUUGAUUGGGUAAAUAACGAUUUUUACGGCAAGAUUAGCUACAAUCAAGACAAUGGACAAGAAAUGUCAUCAAUUUAAGCCAGCACAGCUGAAUUUUAGAAGAGGCUGAAGUUUUAAUCGUAUUCACUUUGUGGUAGUGCAUUUAUAGAAAUGUGUGAAAUAUUUCAACUGUUAACUAACCACAGCAUUGUGUGUUAAUUGUGUUAGGUUUUCCAUAUAUGUUUCUUUGUAAAUUAACAAUAAAGGUAAGUCAAGUACUAUAAUAAAUUGGACCACAUACUUUAUCUAAGCUGAUUGGCUCUCUGAUCCAGUCUUUUGUAUGAUUUCCGAUGUCCACUGUCAGAAUAGUCCCAGCAUCCUAAGUGGUGCAUGGGCCAGGCUGCUUGGUAGUGUAUUGCUGUCCAUUAAUAAAUAAAACAGUUAUUAUUUGGCUGAUAUUUUCUAUCCAAAGCAACUUACAGUUGAUUAGACUAAGCAGGGGACAGUCCUCUUGGAGCAAUGUGGGG